GCGGGUGUCCCCGCCCCUCGCGGCGCCGCCGGAAGUGACGGGCGCGACCGGGGGCGUGCCGCCGCGGCGCGGGCCGGGGCUCGCCAUGGCGGACGGGGUGCUGUUCAGGCGCGGCACCGGGCAGAGCGACGACUCGGACGUGUGGGACGACACGGCUCUCAUCAAGGCGUACGACAAGGCGGUGGCCUCCUUCAAGAACGCCUUGAAGAACGGCGAGUGUUCGGAGCCGUCGGGCAGGCAGGAGCAGCGCACGGGCCUGAAGAGGAGGAACAACAAAAAGAACAAAAACAGAAAGAAGAGCAGCCCAGCGCCUUCGAAACAGUGGAAGGUUGGUGACAGCUGUAACGCCAUUUGGUCGGAGGACGGCAAUGUGUACCUCGCGACUAUUGCUGCCAUCAACCAGAAGAGAGGCACCUGCGUUGUUACUUACAUGGGAUACGGAAAUCAGGAGGAGCAGAACCUGUCUGACCUACUUCUUCCAAACAGCGAUGAAACAAAUGAAGAUGAAACUCCACAUUCAACAGAUGAAAGUGAAAAAUCUUUCCAGUCAUAUCAAAACAAAAACAACUGCACGAAAGAAAGAUUCUCCCCUCAAAACCUACGUCUUCCCAUACCACCAGCAGCCCAAUGUCUGGGAUGGCCUGGAUCAAAAUUCAGAGCAUCUCCAUCAUUUUUAUCCUGCUGGCCCCCACCCUUCCCAGCAGGACCACCGUUGAUUCCUCCUCCACCACCUAUGAGGCCAGACUCUCCUGAGGAUGAUGAAGCAUUGGGAAGCAUGUUAAUAGCCUGGUACAUGAGUGGUUAUCACACUGGGUAUUACUUGGGUUUAAAACAAAGUCGAAUGGAAGCGGCACUGGAGAGGGAAACACAUGCAAAAUAACUGAAUAUUCAUCAGUGUGUUGAAGGAUUGUACAAAUCUUUCCCACUGAGAGGUGUGUAUCACUUGUGCAUUGACGGUUGAUGGUGAAGGUAAAAAUUUUCUCAAGACAAUUAAUCUCAACACUUUCUUAACAUUGAGCUUCCCCUGAUGACAAGUAAACAGAUAACUUGACACUAGUAAUUAUAUGUCCAUUGAAAUGAGCUAUUUCUUAAAGACCUCUAGUCAGAAGUAUUUAGAAAGCACUGCAUCAAUAAAGCAUUUUUUACCUCACUGAAA